AAAAAAUGGCCAAUCAUAUUUCGGACUUCCUGCAAAUAAGUCGAAAUGAGAGGACUUUAUAAAACUUCCGUUAUUCUGAUCCUGUGGGCGACAAACUUCUGCGAUGUGACAUCAUCACUGCUGAAGGACUCCCGCACCGGGGGCCUGCACAUCCCGGAGAAGAUCAUCGACAUCAUCCAGAGCCACAAGAACAAGCCGGCGGCGGCGCAGGUGCAGCUGCAGGCCGGCUACCAGCAGCAACCCUCCCAGCAGUACCCACAGUACCAGCAACCCUGGCAGAACCAGAACCAAUACAACGGACAAUUCCAAGGACAGUACGCCAAUGGCUACACAAACAACGGCAACUACCAAGGAAACUACCCCCAGAAUGGAGGCAACUACGGACAGAACGGAGCACAGUUCCAGGGGCAAGGACAGUUCCAAGGAGGCUACCAGGGCAACCAAGGCUACCAGCAGGGUCAGCAAGCAGGAUUCCAAGCGCAAGGAAGCUUCGGACAAGGCAACCAGGGACAGUUCCAACAGAACGGAGGACAGUAUCAACAGUCGGGCCCUGGCGGACAGAGCCAGAUGUCUGGUGGUAAUUAUCAGUCAAGUGGAAACUUCCAGGGCGCAGGACACUACCAGCAAGGGCCGAACCAGUCCACCAGCGGACCCGUGCCUCAUCCGGGUCCAGUGCCCCAGCCGGGCGCCCCCAUACAGUACCCUAGUGGACCCAUCCAACAGCAGCCAGGACCAAUGCAACAAGGAACCGGACAGUACCAGACUUCUGGAGGAAACUAUCAGCAAACUGCUGGUCAAAACUCCCAAUCCGGGAACCAGUACCAAACUGGUGGGCAGUACCAAAUGGGUGGUCAGACGCAGCAGAUGACUGGGCAGUACCAGUCUGGCGGGCAGUACCAGGCUGCGCAGAACCAGCAGUCAGUCGCUCAGAACACCGUAUCUGGCAGUCAAUACCAGCAGGCACAAUUCGCUGCGAAUGGACAAACUACAUCGUCUCAAUCGUCGGGGCUCUACCAGCAGUCGAGCAACUCUUCGGGGACCAGUCACAUGCUGGCUGCUACUCAGAUGGGGUCGAGCACCCAGGGUACGAGCAACCAGGUGGCCAGCAGCAACGGGGGCCCGACGUGCGUGUGCCAGGCGUGGACGCCGCCCACCCCCGGGGUCCUCGCUGACGCACCAGUGGAAGACACGCCCACGCCACCUGCUGUUGAUAAGAAGGAAAUGUAGGGUGUAUUGUGAUGAUGGGCUGGAAA